AUGUUAAGCUUGGAUGACUGCGUCCUGCUGCUGACCAAAAAGCACGGAACCCUGAAGGCCGCUUUCGACAAGCUAGAUUUCUUCCAAGAUGGACGCCUUUCCUGUUUGGAAUGGCAGGAGGGGUUGCGCCAGCUGCUUUCAACUGGGUCGAAAGAGUCGCGCAGGUUCGACCCCUUGAAGGAUCCAAGACGCACGUGUGACUCUGUGUUGCUGCGGCUUUUCAAAGCUAUGGACAAGGACAAGGACGGCUUCAUCUCCUUUGCUGAUCUGGCCAAUGCGAAGGGUGGGCCCUUCGUGUAUGCUCGUGAGCUUCGAAAACAGGAUACGGAGGAGAAGCUCCCCGUAUCACCAAAGGAUUCGAAAGGAUCACCCAGAUUCUUUCAGGAGCUCUCAUACGGCUCCAGCUCAAUGAAUUUCACGCUGCUGCCAUCGGUGUCACGCAAGAAAGAUGGAAAGGAGCAUUUCGCGGGCCAUAUCUACUCCGAGAUGCGUGCUUUUGCCGCCCUUCUCAUCAAGAAGUUCGACACUCUAGACAAGGCUUACAAGCAUUUCGACGGAAAUAGAAACAACCAGCUCGGGAUGACCGAGUUUGUGUCUGGCGCUAGGGCAUUGCACUUCACCGGGAACGCCCGAUCCGUGUUCAAGGAACUCGACCGGAACAACAACGGCAACAUCUCAAUACAGGAGUUCAAAGUCCUGCGAGCUUUGAAUGCCACGGAGGAUGAAGCAGUGACAUCGAAAACCAGACGUGAGCAGGUGAUCGAGCGCAAGCAGCGGUCACCCAUCCAAGCGCCGCGCAGACACCAGCGCAGUGUCUGCCUCGCUUCAACACACGUGCAGUUCCCGGAGGCGGAGCACAUAUCGUCAUCGGCUGGAUUCUACUCAUUCCCGAGAGCCUGCACUGGCCGUGCCGACCUUCAGCUUCACCCGGAUGAGAUUCCUGGCUUUGAUUCAGAAAAUUUCACGAAAGAGCGAGGGCCAGGCUAUUGCAAAAGAGGUCCGGAAUCCUUUGGGGAGGUUAUGCCAGACGCACAUCCCCUCCGUGGCAACAAGUUCAAGGUCGGCAGCACUGUUCCUCGAGCCGAACGUUUUGGGCCCGCGAUUCCAUCUGUAGAAGGAAGAAAGGACAUGGAGCACAGCGCAGCAACCUUCGCGACGUAUGAAGGCAGAAUGCCGCGCAUGAGUUGGAAAGUUGACGGUACUGGCGCGCAAAUAUUCCUUUCCAAGAGGGAGCGGGUAGGCCUGACGACUGGUUUGUCCGACAGCUUCCGGCUUUUGAAGCCCGCUCCUUGGGACAAGUCCAGAACCCUUCUUAAGCUCAAAUCGCACAGCGAGUCGUUCCUAAAGUGCAAGGAUUGCUGA